CUGUUUUCUAAACAAAGCACUUCCGGGUUUGAUUUAGCACAACGAGCCGCCACAAGACGCGUAGGGGUGAUAUUUAUAUAAAACGCCACACACACAAAACCACAUCAACUCGAACUCAUAAAUAUGGGAUUAAUGGGUGAAUAUUUGUUGUAAAUUAAGGGUUGUGAAUGCUAAAAGUUCAUAACAUCUUAUGCCAGCCACUUCCGGUAUUUAAAAAGCCGAUAUGAAAUUACGCCACGUUGUUCAGUCGUUGUCAGUUUUAUUGUUUUUGUUUAAAAAUCUAGAGAGAGAAUGCAUAUGUGCUAAUCUAAAAACAACAAUCGUGUCUUGUUUUAGAUGUUCAGUAAAAGAAGGGGAAUGUUCGCGAUGAGGCCACUUCCUGUUUUCAAACGAAGCACUUCCGCGUUUGACCUAGCACAGCUAGCCGCAUUAGCGGCCACAAAAAGCCACACUUAAAUCCAGUAAUGACGCGGAUUGACAUUUAUACGAGUAUAAAACGCCACUCACUCAAACACAUCAGAUGGAACUCAUGGAUUCAUGGAUUAAUGGGUGAACAUUUGUACAAAUUAAGUGUUGUGAAUGCUAAAAACAAAGCUGCUAACGGUUUGUGCCAGCCACUUCCGGGAUUAAAAAAAACGAUAUGAAAUUACGCUACAUCGUUAAGUCGUUCUGAUCAAGUUUAUUUUGUUUUAGAUUUUGUGCGAUAAAGCAUCUGUGCUAAUCUAGAAACAAUUGUGUCAUGUUUUGUGAAGGGGAAAUGGUAGCGAUGAGGCCACUUCCUGUUUUCAAACAAAGCACUUCCGCGUUUGACCUAGCAUUACUAGCCUCGUUAACCAUCACAGGAAUCCCACUUAAGUCCACUGAUGACGCGUGGGUGUGGUAUCUAUACGUGAAUAAAACGUACCACACUCAACGCGCAAGCUCACAAAUAUGCGAUCACUGGGUGAAUAUUUAUUAAUCGAGGGGUGUGAAAGCUAAAAACAAAGCUGCUAAUAGCUCAUGCUGGCCACUGUGCGGUGGAGCGGCCAUGUGUGGAUGACGCUCAUUGAGGCCUCCAGGCUCCUAACACGCCACAGAUUAAGAAUGAAAAUCAUCUUUGCAGUGGUCCUCCUGGUUGCCGCCUACCAGGCGGUCGACGCGUGUGCAGCCGAGGCGGGGGGCACCAGCAACGACACGUUGAUCCUGUGCAGGGCCUGCGGCCAUGAGCUAGCGUUCGGCUCGGACAUCGGCAUGGUGCACAGCCGCCUGGCUUUGUCCGGCCGUAACGACACGCUACCCGGGGGCCGCGGGGUCCACGUCCAGGUCUUUGAAAACCCGCACGGUCUUCAGUUUGAGGUGAUCACGUUCAGGAGGGCGGACGUCGUCAAACAGUGGCCGGCGGACAAGCACUUUUCUUGGUUUCCAGGGUUCUCGUGGACUGUGGCCACGUGUCCCCGGUGCACAACACACUUAGGUUGGGCCUUCCAGCCCAGCUCCUGGCCCAACACAAUCACAGAGUCCACCUUUGCUGGGUCGGAUCAGACCUUCCUGGCUCUGAUCGUCCAGAAGCUGCUGAGAGAAGACUUUGCAUCGAGCCUGCUCAUGACUCCCAAGUCAUUCACCAGCUGACACAAGCAGAGAAUGGCAACACGCUCCCCGCAUGUGUGUACACAUUACAUUUUUAUUAUUGAAACAAAGCAAGUUUACACCUCAAACUUUAAACACUUUCUUCCCCCCCCAGGAGAAAAAGGAAGAUGAAUGGAUGUAAAUGACAAGAACUGUUCUAUCCAUGAAGCAAGUGGGGGCCAAAAUUUACAAGCUUGGUGUUUUUUUUUUUUUUUUUACCCAUUUUGUUCUUUAUUAAAAAUGUCAUUUCAAAUUUGCAUGGAUAUCUGUAAAACAAUACAAUGAAAACAAAAAGUUCCAUAGAAAUGGUGUCAAAAUCCCCCGCCCCAUAACCAACAUACGCUUAUAACCCCCCCCCCCCUCCCGCCGAACAUGACAAAAGGAAUGAGCAGAUACUUGUUAACCACGUCGGGGAAAAGGUUGUCUUUGUUUUGGGGGGAAAAAAACUGAACUUGAGGUCUGCUAGUGCUAGCUCACUACACCAUGGCUUUAGUCAACCUUGGACAGGAGGAAUUCUGUAGCAAGUGGCUUCAAAUUCUACGGAGGAUGCCGAGCCCAUUCUAUUUUUAUCAUUUUUUUUUAUUCUUUUCAAAGAGAGAUGAUGACCCUGGGGAUGUAACUCACGAUUCAGGGCAAAGUGCCGUUGGCCUUAGACGAGUCAAAGGAGAAACAACAUGGCGCCCACGGGUGCGGACUGGAGGCUUCAGAGUGUUGAAUGAAGCACACAUGACUUAAAAAAAAUAAAAAAACCAAACUAAACCAAAAAAAAAAA